AUGGAACAGCCGGAGGAAGUAUCUUUGGAAAAUACUUUAGAAACUACACUUCCCGUCCCGCCGUAUCUCCAACUGAAUUUCCAGAGUUCCUGUUGCCCCGGGAAUUGGAAGUUUUGGAAUAAUUUAUCGAAUUUUUGUAAUAUGUCAACGCCGAUGAAUGUCGCCGGCGAAAUUAAUUUGACUUCGCAUUAUGCUGUAAACAGCCAGCAUUUUAGCGCAGAACAGAACAAUGAUCGAAUGUGCAGGUGGGAGCAAUAUUCCAACGAAAAUACUGAAAAAGAAGGUGAGCACCAUUUGGACAGGGAUCAAGACAUUAUUUAUGAAAAAACCCAAGAUCGUGAGAUCACCACCACGAUGUUUCGAGCAUGGGAGGUUCCAUUCCUUCAAAAUGGUGUGCAGAAUCCUGGAGAUCAAGCGAAAUAUCACUUAUGGCAAAAUUCGCAGGUUGCGACAAACAUCGGCGACGAGAGAACGCUGUUAAUAGGUAUUUCAGAAGCUGGGAAGAGAUUAACCAAUGAGAAACCUCGAAAAGAGAGGACUGCAUUUACGAAACAACAGAUUCGGCAUCUGGAAUAUGAAUUCGCACACAGUAAUUAUCUGACACGAUUACGUCGUUACGAAAUAGCAGUCGCAUUGGAUUUAACGGAGCGUCAGGUGAAAGUUUGGUUUCAAAAUAGACGAAUGAAGUGGAAAAGGACCAAAGGUGGGGCAGGAAACGUUCCAGAAAAAGAUGCUUCUUGAUCAGCUACUUUUCUCCAAAUUCGAGAAAAUUUAUGUAACUGUAUCACUGUAAAUAGUAUUUUAUAUAAAAAGAUUACAUUUAAUUCAUCUAUAAUACUUAAGUUUAAAUUUCGUGCUGUAACUAUGUAACUAACAUUAAAAAUAUUUAUGCGAUCGUCA